CUGCCUGCGGCCCAACCUGCUACGCGCGCCGCCGCCGCCGCCGCGUCGAGCAAGCCGGAGUCAAGGUGCGCUCCGGUUGUACCGGACUCUGGUUUUGUGUUUAUCCCGCGACUCGUUUCUCACUGGUGCUAGGGUUUGGUCAGGGGUUUGAGGGGAGCAGGAGGAGAGAGAGAGAGAGAGAGAGAGAGAGAGAGGAUGGUAAAGGGGAGGCCGAAGCCCACGCCGGCCAACGCCGCGGCGGAGGUCGUCUUCGACCCGUCCGCGUCCGGUGCCCGGAAGCCACGUCGCCCCGGGGCGCCAUCGUCGGCUGGCGAGUGGCACAACUUCAUGGGAUCGAGUCUUUCGGAUAUGUACCGGAAACCAGUUGCGGAAAAAUCUGAUGACACGUCUGAUGAUGAGCCUGACAUUGAUAUUGGGAAGCUGUUGAAAGAUGUUGAGCUUUUCGGUGCCUCUACAUGGAAGGAGCGGAAGCAACUAGAGAACCGUAAAGUAGUUCAAUUGGGUGGAAAGGCCAUUAAGAAGCACCGUACGCCAUUAAGCGUAUCAAAGCCAGCUAUGAAGAACCAAAAGAAAAGAGAAGAUAAGAAAGCGGAAGAGGAAAAACUACUUGGGAUAUUUAGGAAACGGGAUUCCAAGAGCAGUGGAGCUCAAAAGACUAGACCUGAGGACCGAGUACUUAGGGCGACCCAGGGGCACUUCAAGAAUGGUAUACUUGAUGUGAAGCAUCUUUUGGCACCACCCAAACCAUCGGGUAGGGAUGCGCCAGAGCAGAAGAUGAGAAUGGGCAAGAAAAAAGGCAAGGGACAGCAGAAGGGAGGCAGGAGGAAGAGACGUUAGAUAGAACAUCUUGUUUUUGGCUAUUAAGGUGACUCGUGUUCUUGUAUCUCCGCUGUAAAAGAUCCUCCGAAGUGAAAACUAUUUCAAAGCCAUAUUUUGAUUUGGUCGCCUUAUCAUAUGCUCUCAUUUUACACGUCGUCACGUUGUCAAUGUCUAUCGAGGAGCCAAUUAGAAUAUCUCAGGCAAAGUGUCCGUAUUUUAUCAUAGUAUUAAAAGAAAAUUAAGAUGGUAUUGUACCUUCCUGUGGAAGAAUUAUAUCACCACAACAUUGUAUUUUCCUAUAUGCCUUUGGUU